AUGCCGGUUCGGCGGUCUGCUCGCCUGCGUAGCCGCCAGGCCUCCUCCGAGGAGCCGGAGCCUCCCACGGACCCUGUCAACAACAACAACAACAACAACAACAACAACACCACCACCAACACCAACCAUAACAACACGCCCCACGAGAAUAAAAUCUCCCGCAACAACGCCCUUCCCACCGUCAUGGAACGUGACGAGAAUCCCGUCGUCGAUGCGCCCCCAGCUCCCACACACAGUCCCUCCGCAGGAAAACCCGCUAUCAAAACCCCCGUCAAGCCCACAGCUGCCCAGAAGAAAUCUCCUGCGGUCAAAACCCCAACCAGCGCCAUAACUCGCCCACCCCAUCAAGAGAUGCACCCCAGCAAAGUCCAUCCGAGUACCACCAAACAGGUGGACUCGGGCCUCAUUUUGGGCUUCAACCCGAUUCCGAAAGAUGCCGAGGGCAACGUGGUGAAGGAUUCCCUCAUCCAGAACACUCCGUCUAAGACCAAGGCUUCGCCUGCCUCCAACUACGGCACUCCCGGCUUUGAGUUCAAGUUCGCGUGUCAUGAAUCACAACUAAGUGACGAAGCCAAAAAGCUGAUGGAUAGCGUACGCGAUGAUGUCGCGAAGAUCAAGGCCCAGAUGGUUCAACAGAAGGGUGAUAGUUCGUCACAGAAAGACCAGCUGCAACAGGCGCUGGAGCGCAAGAUCGCGAAGCCUAAGGGCAAGACGGGCCGGUUCAGCGAUGUUCACAUGGCCGAGUUCAAGAAGUUGGACUCCAUCGCGGGACAUCCGUCAGCUUUCCGUGCUACUCCUGGUCGCUUCCAGCCAGUGCAGAAGACCCUCAAGCGGACCAACUCCAAGGCGCGUCUGGAUGAACCUGACGGGCAGACUCCUACGAAAUCUCCCGCUCGACCUGCCGCACCCACUCCGAAUGCGGCCAUUUUUAAACGCGCAAAGCAAGACCAGACUGAUGAUGCCUCGACCCGUCGUCCUGCCAAUAGCCAGGAUCGCACGCCGAAGCCGGUGCAGCGCUCUAGACCAGCUGCCCGCAGCUCCUUGAUGACCCCAACUCGUGCGUCCGCGGCUCGUACUUCUUCGUUCAGCGUGAAGCCUCCUCGAACUUCUAUGAUUCCCUCUCUGACGCGAUCGCCUGCUUCGAAGCCGUCGAUCAUCCCGCGUACACCCCAGACGGAAUUCAACCCGCGUCUCAAGAGCAACAUCCCGACGCUGGGCAAUCUCAAAUCUAUCCUUCGCCGCCAUCAACCUCUAUUCUCGCGUGAACCUGCCAAGAUUGCUGCCGGUACCCAUCACGCUGCUCCCGACUUCAGUCCCAGUUCGCUGCUGCGCCCGACACGGGGUGCGUCGGAGGAGCCUGCUCAGACGCCAUCGCCCAAGAAACAUGUCGAAUUUAUUUCUGGCGCGGAGCCCAACAUGGACGAAGUUCCGGUCUCUCCCUCUCCUUCCAAGAUUCCAAUGGCUCCCCGUCCCGUCUCCGAUGUCGUGUAUCCGACGCUCCCUACUUUGACUCCCGAAAGAAGAACACCGACCGUCCGAGCCGUGCGUCCUUCUGAACUACAUACCAACGAUGUUUCUCUUCCCGAAGUUCCCGGUGUCCCUCAUGGCAUCGGCAACAAGAAACGACACCGCGAAGCAGCUGAGAGUGCGGCAGAUACAGAGAACGUGCCACCGACGGACCCUAGCACUGAACUGCGCAGUGCAAAGAGAGUGAAGCUCAAUUCUCCGGCUCCUUCCAAGAUAGUUCCCGGCCCCAGUCCUAUCAAAUCCCGAACUCCUGGGCGAUCGAUUUCUGGGGUUAACCGCGCGAGGACACCGGGAAGUGCGCGCAACCGAGGUGUGCUCAGUAUGAGUCGGCUGAACAUGCUGGCUCAGCCCAAGAAUCGAUCUUGA